GGCGGGCGCGGUGGGAUGCGGCUGACGCGGAAGCGAUUCUGCACGUGUCUCUUCGCGCUGUACUGCCUCUUCUCCCUCUACGCCGCCUACCGAGUGUUCCUCGGGCGCCGCCGCCAGGCGCCGGCCGCGUCUGUGCGGGGCCCGAGGAAGGGGCCGGCCCCGGCGCGGGAGCGGCGCCGAGAAGACUCUCCUUUGGAAAGUGAAGAAUGGAAUCCUUGGGAAGGAGAUGAAAAAGCUGAGCAACAGCACAGAUUUAAAACGAGCCUUCAGAUACUAAGCAAAUCCUCAGAAGUGAAACCAGACCUCUUCCAGGUACAAAUCUGGGGCAAAGCUGCCAUUGGUUUGUAUCUCUGGGAGCACAUUUUUGAAGGCUUACUUACGCCCAAUGAUGUCAACGCUCAGUGGAGAGAAGGAUAUUCAGUUGUAGGAAGAAUACAUUACAGUUUCAUCACUGGUCCAACUGUCACUCCCGGGUACUUCUCUGUUAAUGCUGACAAUGUGGUUCUUGUUUUAAAUGGGAGAGAAAAAGCAAAAGUCUUUUAUGCCACCCAGUGGUUACUCUAUGUACAAAAUUUAUUGAAAACUGAAAAACUCAAGCAUCUUGCUGUUGUUUUGCUUGGAAAUGAACAUUGUAAUAAUGACUGGAUCCUUCAGUUCCUCAAAAGAAAUGGAGGGUUUGUGGAGCUGCUCUUCAUAGUGUAUGACAGCCCAUGGAUCAAUAAUGUGGAUAUAUUCCAGUGGCCCUUAGGAGUAGCAACAUACAGAAAUUUUCCUGUGGUGGAGACAAGUUGGUCUAUGCUAUAUAAUGAAAGGCCAUACAUAUGUAAUUUCUUGGGAACCAUUUAUGAAAACUCAUCCAGACAAGCACUAAUGAGCAUUUUGAAACAAUAUGGGGAUGAUAAGCUUUGUUGGGUUUCACCAAGAGAUAAAUGGCAGCCUCAGGAAACAAAUGAAAGCCUCAAGAAUUAUCAAGAUGCUUUGCUUCAGAGUGAUCUCACAUUGUGCCCGGCAGGAGUAAACACAGAAUGCUAUAGAAUAUAUGAAGCUUGUUCCUUCGGCUCUGUUCCUGUGGUGGAAGAUGUCAUGACCGCUGGCAGCUGUGGAAAUACUUCUGCUUAUCACAGUCCUCUGCAGUUGCUCAAAUCCAUGAACGCUCCCUUUAUCUUUAUUAAGAACUGGAAAGAACUUCCUGCUAUUUUAGAAAAAGAGAAAACUCUAAUUUUACAAGACAAGAUUCAGAGAAGAAAAAUGUUACUUCAGUGGUACAAACAAUUCAAAAAAGAACUAAGAUUGAGAUUUACUGAUGUUUUAGAAAGUUCAUUUUUCAAGAACAAUAAAGAUUAAUUGUUAAUUAUCUUUUUA